AUGGCUCUGUACCUGGGCGGUGAGUCGGUCCCCGGAGACUACGGAGACGCCCUCGGGAUGAGCCCCGCCAGCCUCGCUGCCUACUACCCUUCUUUCCACCCUCCCGCCCAGUACUUCGAGGCGGCCCCUGACUUCUUCCAGCCCCUAAAAUCCCUGGGCGGGAUGGUCCCCUCCUCCCCGCCUCUGCCCCACUACGGCUUCAGCAGGGCCCCCGCUUUCCUGAGCCAGCCGCCCCCCCUGCCCGCCGAACCCUUCCCCGGCCUCCCCUUGCCCCUCUACGCCAAGCCGCGGGACCCCUUUUAUCCCAGGGAGGACUCGUCCGUCGGGGCAGGGGCGCCGGGCUCGCCGCCGGCGCUCUACCCGAGCCCCUCACACAGGGCUGCCCGCAGCCCGGAGGCCGGCGCGCCGGAGGGACAGAGCCACAGGUACCACUUCACCGAGGAGGAGCUCAACACGGUGCUGUACGGGACGUUCCGGAGCAGCCAGCUGGCCGGAAGCAUCCACGCCAUCUCGGGGCCCCGGGUGCCCCCCGCCAGCCCGGGUAAGGGGUCCUCUGCACCGCCGCUCGACAGGGACUCGCUGCAGCUGCCCGAAGGGCUCUCGGUGCUGCGGGUGACGUACGGGGACUUGUCUCAGUUCGGAGUCUUCUGCAUGGACCCCAUCCCCAAAGGAGUUCGCUUCGGCCCUUUCCAAGGCAAAGUGGUCAACACCAGCGAGAUCAAGACUUACGACGACAACUCGCUGAUGUGGGAGAUCUUUGAAUGCGAUCGCCUGAGCCACUUCAUAGACGGGAAGGGCGCCUCUGGCAACUGGAUGUCCCUGGUGAACUGUGCCAGGUUCCCCGAGGAGCAGAACUUGACGGCUAUCCAGUGCGAGGGGCAAAUCUUCUACGAGAGCUGCAAGGAAAUCUUGCCGAAGCAGGAGCUGCUGGUGUGGUACGGCGAUUGCUACGUGCAGUUCCUGGGCAUCCCAAUCAGCCUGAAGGACAUGCCGGAGGGGAAGAAGCCCCCGCAGGACCCCGAAGAAGCCGGGGAGAGCUUUAAGUGCGACCGCUGCGGCAAGGUUUUUGCCUACAAGUACUAUCGGGACAAGCACCUCAAGUACACCCGCUGUGUGGACCAGGGGGACCGCAAAUUUCCUUGUCACCUCUGCAACCGAUCCUUUGAAAAAAGAGACAGGCUGAGGAUCCAUAUUCUCCACGUUCAUGAAAGGCACCGACCUCACAAGUGCUCAGAGUGUGGGAAGAGCUUUUCUCAGUCCUCCAGCCUGAAUAAACACAUGAGGGUUCACUCUGGGGAGCGCCCCUACAAAUGUGUGUACUGCAACAAGGCAUUCACGGCAUCUAGCAUCCUGCGCACUCACAUCCGCCAGCACUCAGGGGAGAAGCCCUUCAAGUGCAAGCACUGCGGCAAAGUCUUUGCCUCGCAUGCGGCCCACGACAGCCAUGUGCGGCGCACGCACAGCAAGGAGAAGGGCUGCACUUGCUCCAUGUGUGGCCAGCACUUCCCGGAGCAGGAGGAUUACCAAGUCCACAUGAAGAUUCAUGAAGCUCAUUAG